UUUGCGGCGAAGGGGAAGGCAAGUGGUAGGGAGAACAUCCAACCAAUCCGCAGAAGAGCAGCCAAGCGGGGAACAGCAGCGAGCAGCAGGCAAGGCGAGGCGAGAGAGCUGCUGCUGCUGGUGGGCAUCAUCUUAUGAUGUCAUCAGAGGAGUACGACGCGGACUGUUUUGGUUUGUACAGCGAUGAGAACAACGUGCUGCUGAAGGCAACCGCGGAGCCGGAGACAACGGUUAAGCAACAACUACAACCACCGCCGCCGAACAGCAACGGACACAAAUCGCCCAUACCAGUACAGACCAACGGGGAAGGAGACAGCGCGGCGAAUUGCGGAGAGAGCGCGAGCACCAAUACUGACACAGGCCACACCAACACAGACGUCGAAGAGAAAGAGCUGCGAGAGCGCGAGCAGAGGCAGCAGCAGCACAAGAAGCACAAGGAGAAGGAGAAAGCGGACAGCGACGGCGAAUCUGACGAUUCCGACGACGACGUCGUGGUCGUGCUCGAGGGCUGCGAAGCCAGCAGCAGCAGCAGCAGCGCCAGCAGCAGCAACAACAGCAACAUCAAGGCAGCGGCUGCGGCGACAAAGGCAUCGGCAACGGCGAACAACUGUAGUCGCAGUGGUGGCAGCGUCAGCGGCAGCAGUCGCAGUCAUCGCAGUGCCCGCAGUAGUCGGCAAAUCAUUCAUUCGACGGCCCUCGGAAAGACAACAACGUGCGCGGCUAAAAAACCCACAGUAACUGCCGCAAAGAACGUAACGAGCAUCGUAAAUUCGAACAAUAUCGGUGGCGCGAACAGUAGCAACAACGGAAACGGAAACGCGACAAAUAGUAAAGUGAAUCGUCGCUCGCGUCCGCGAUCCUUGAGCAAAGACACCAACAAUAGUAGCAACAAUAAUAGCAGCAACCAGAGCCACAACAGUAACAGCAGCAGCGGCCACAACAACGCUGCUGGCUUCAUGAGUAGCGCUGCCGCGGCUGCUGCGGGUGCCGCUGGUGGAGGAGCCCUGUUCCAACCACAAUCGGCCAGCUCGGCCCCAUCCGCGCCAGCCAUUGCCACGGCAGCUUCCGUUUCCGCCUCAGCCGCCGCUCAGCUAAGCCACUCGCCCACGAGCAGCUCGCCGGUUUCGGUUUCGGGCGCCAGUUCCGCCUCGUCCUUGUUGACGGCCGCCUUCGGCAACCUGUUCGGUGGCUCCUCGGCCAAGAUGCUGAACGAGCUUUUCGGCCGCCAGAUGAAGCAGGCCCAGGACGCCACGAGUGGCCUGCCCCAGAGCCUAGAUAACGCCAUGCUGGCCGCCGCCAUGGAGACGGCCACCAGUGCUGAGCUCCUGAUCGGCAGCCUCAACUCCACGUCCAAGUUGCUCCAGCAGCAGCACAACAACAACAGCAUUGCACCGGCAAGCAGUGCUCCGAUGAGCAAUGGCACCAAUGCCUCGAUCUCGCCAGGAUCGGCCCACAGCUCCAGUCACUCCUCGCCCAAGGGCAGUCGCCGGGUGUCGGCGUGCAGUGAUCGCUCGAUGGAGGCAGCUGCCGCGGAUGUGGCCGGAGGAUCGCCCCCUCGGGCAGCUUCCGUUAGCUCGCUAAAUGGCGGCGCCAGCAGUGGUGACCAGCAGCAGCAACAGCUGCAGCACGACCUGGUGGCUCAUCAUAUGCUGCGAAAUAUCCUGCAGGGCAAGAAGGAGCUGAUGCAGCUCGACCAGGAGCUGCGCACGGCCAUGCAACAGCAGCAGCAACAGCAGCUCCAGGACAAGGAGCAGCUCCACUCUAAGCUCAACAACAACAACAAUAACAAUAAUAAUAUAGUGGCCGCCACCAACAAUAAUAACAACAACAUGGAGAGCAUUAGCCUAAUUGAGGACUCGGAAAUGGCGGAGAUCAAGAUCAAGAGUGAGCCACAGACGGCCCCAGUGCCGCAGCAAUCGCCGCAUGGUAGCAGCCACAGCAGCCGGAGCGGAAGUGGCAUUGGAAGCCACAGCAGCCUGGCCAGCGAUGGUAGCCUGCGGCGCAAGUCCUCCGACUCCUUGGACAGCCACGGAGCGCCGGAAGAGGCCGAGCACGAGGAGGAGGCAACAGAAACGCGCCAGCGAUCCCAGAGCCGGGCCCCAGAGGAGCCACAGCUGCCCACCAAGAAGGAGGCCGAGGACGACAUGCUGGACGAGGUGGAGCUUAUGGGCCUCCACUCGCGAGGAUCCGAUCUGGACAGCCUGGCCUCGCCCAGCCACUCGGACAUGAUGCUGCUGGACAACAGCAAGGACGAUGUCCUGGACGACGACGACGACGAUGACUGCGUAGAGCAGAAGCGCGAGUCCGGCAGCGGGUGCCUCAAGAAGCCCGGCAUGGACUUGAAACGAGCUCGCGUCGAGAACAUCGUCUCCGGAAUGCGUUGCAGCCCGUCCUCGGGAUUGGCCCAGGCCGGACAGCUCCAGGUUAAUGGGUGCAAGAAGCGUAAGCUUUACCAGCCACAGCAGCAUGCCAUGGAGCGCUAUGUGGCCGCCGCCGCUGGGCUCAACUUUGGCCUGAACCUGCAGAGCAUGAUGCUCGACCAGGAGGACAGCGAGUCCAACGAACUAGAGUCCCCACAGAUCCAGCAGAAGCGCGUGGAGAAGAACGCCCUCAAGUCGCAGCUGCGCUCCAUGCAGGAACAGCUGGCGGAGAUGCAGCAGAAGUACGUCCAGCUAUGCACGCGGAUGGAGCAGGAGUCCGAGUGCCAGGAGCUCGACCAAGACCAGGAUAUCGAGCAGGAUCACGAGCAAGAGCAAGAGCCGGACAAUGGCAGCAGUGACCACAUUGAGCUGUCGCCCUCACCCACCUUGACCGGGGACGGAGACGCGAGUCCCGGCCACAAGGAGGAGGCGGGUCAGGAACGACCCGGGUCAAGCUCGCCCACGCCCUCGCCCAUUAAGCCCAAGACGGUGCUCGGCGAGAGCAGUGACUCCAGCGCCAACAUGCUCUCCCAGAUGAUGAGCAAGAUGAUGUCCGGUAAGAUGCACAAUCCACUGGUGGGCGUUGGCCAUCCCGCCCUGCCCCAAGGAUUCCCACCGCUGCUUCAACACAUGGGCGAUAUGUCGCAUGCGGCCGCCAUGUACCAGCAGUUCUUCUUCGAGCAGGAGGCUCGCAUGGCCAAGGAGGCUGCCGAGCAGCAACAGCAACAGCAGCAGCAACAACAGCAGCAACAGCAGGAGCAGCAACGCCGCUUCGAGCAGGAGCAGCAAGAGCAGCAGCGCCGCAAGGAAGAGCAGCAACAGCAGAUGCAGCGCCAACAACAGCACCUGCAACAGCUGCAGCAGCAGCAGAUGGAGCAGCAGCACGUGGCCACCUCGGCGCCGCGUCCCCAGAUGCACCACCCGGCGCCCGCCCGCCUGCCCACGCGAAUGGGCGGAGCAGCGGCCCACAGCGCUCUGAAGUCGGAGCUGUCCGAGAAAUUCCAGAUGCUGCGCAACAGCAACAACAGCUCCAUGAUGCGCAUGUCCGGCACGGACCUGGAGGGACUGGCCGACGUGCUCAAAUCAGAGAUCACCACCUCGCUGUCCGCUCUGGUGGACACCAUCGUGACGCGCUUUGUCCACCAGCGACGGCUGUUCAGCAAGCAGGCGGACUCCGUGACGGCAGCGGCCGAGCAGCUCAACAAGGACCUGCUGCUGGCCUCGCAGAUCCUCGACCGGAAGUCGCCGCGCACCAAGGUGGCGGACCGGCCCCAGAACGGACCCGCGCCCGCAACACAAUCAGGUAAUAAUGGUUCACUACUCCUAGCUAAUAGUCAGAUGCCCUCCCAACCGCCGGCGAGCGGGGCGAGUGCGCAGCAGCAGCAGCAGAAUGCGCCGCAGCAGCAGCAGCCACCAAGUGCCCAACAACAACAUCCGGGCUCCCAGCAGCAGCAGCAGCAAAACGCAGUGCAGCAACAGCACUUGCAGCAGCAGCAGCAAGCGCAUCCCCUGCUGCCGCCCAACUGCCAGCAGCUGAUAGCCGCCCCCCGCCUCAAUGGCAGCCAGCUGUCCUUUGCCUCGCCCGCCGCCGCUGCAGCCGCGGCCAUGGGAUUGCAAAUGCACCAUGCCGCCGCCGCAGCAGCCAUGUCCGCCCAGCAGCAGCAGCAACAACAGCAGCAGCAGCAACAGCAGUCGGGGGAUCAUCCCGGCGCCAAUACUAACACGGCCGGCGGGCCAGCGAAUUCCACUAACAAUAGCUUAAGUACCCUUAAUAUUCCACCUCCUCACAUACGUCCUUCGCCCACAGCGGCUGCCAUGUUCCAGGCGCCCAAGACGCCGCAGGGAAUGAAUCCGGUGGCCGCCGCCGCGCUCUACAACUCGAUGACCGGACCCUUCUGCCUGCCGCCCGACCAGCAGCAACAGCAGCAGCAGCAGUCCGCCCAGCAACAGUCCGCCCAGCAGCAGCAGCAGAGUGCGCAGCAAACGCAGCAGCAGCUGGAGCAGAACGAGGCUCUUAGCCUGGUGGUCACUCCCAAGAAGAAGCGCCAUAAGGUAACCGAUACGCGCAUCACCCCGCGCACCGUCAGCCGCAUCCUUGCCCAGGAUGGCGUGGUGCCGCCCAACGGUGGACCCCCUACCACGCCCCAACAGCAGCAGCAGCAGCAACAACAGCAGCAGCAGCAACAGCAGCAGCAACAACAACAGCAGCAGCAACAGACGGCGAACGGCGGUAAUAGCAAUGCCACGCCCGCCCAAAGUCCUACGCGGGGCGGCGGAGGAGCUGCGUACCACCCACAGCCGCCGCCACCACCACCACCCAUGAUGCCGGUGUCCUUGCCCACCUCGGUGGCCAUUCCCAAUCCGUCGCUGCACGAGUCCAAGGUCUUUUCGCCGUACUCGCCGUUCUUCAAUCCGCACGCGGCCCCUGGCCAGCCAACAGCCGCCCAGUUGCAUCAGCACCAGCAGCACCACCAACAGCACCACCCGCACCACCAGCAGAUGCAGCUGUCCUCGAGUCCGCCGGGCAGUCUGGGGGCGCUGAUGGACUCGCGCGACUCGCCGCCGCUGCCCCACCCGCCGUCUAUGCUGCAUCCCGCCCUGCUGGCAGCCGCCCACCACGGCGGAUCGCCGGACUACAAGACCUGCCUGCGGGCCGUCAUGGACGCCCAGGAUCGCCAAUCCGAGUGCAACUCGGCCGACAUGCAGUUCGAUGGCAUGCAGCCUACUUCUUCUACAUUGACACCGAUGCACCUGCGCAAGGCCAAGCUGAUGUUCUUCUGGGUGCGCUAUCCCAGCUCCGCGGUGCUCAAGAUGUACUUCCCGGACAUCAAGUUCAACAAGAACAACACAGCACAAUUGGUGAAAUGGUUCUCAAACUUCCGAGAAUUCUACUACAUACAAAUGGAGAAAUAUGCACGACAAGCUGUCACCGAAGGCAUCAAGACACCCGAUGAUCUGUUGAUUGCUGGAGAUAGUGAAUUGUAUCGCGUGCUCAAUUUGCACUACAAUCGCAAUAACCACAUUGAGGUACCCCAGAAUUUCCGCUUCGUGGUCGAACAGACUCUGCGGGAGUUCUUCCGUGCAAUACAGGGUGGCAAAGACACCGAGCAGUCGUGGAAGAAGUCCAUAUACAAGAUCAUCUCGCGCAUGGACGAUCCCGUGCCCGAGUACUUCAAGUCGCCCAAUUUUUUAGAGCAGCUGGAAUAAGUGGAGGAGCUGGCGCUGCCGAGCCUGCCGCCACUGCCGCUGCCGUUGCUGCAUCCGCCGCAUACGCAUACGGGAAUGGGAAUGCCACCGCCCAUCAGUCCGGCCAACACCACCAACUGCAGCAGCAGCACCAGCACCAGCACCAGUACCACCAGCCACUCCAGGCCCGGCAGCAGCCAUACGAAGGCGAAGCGCAAGCCAAAGUUAAAAGGCUAAAUCUGCGUAAGAAGCACGACUGGAUAUGAUAUGACCAACUCUCCCCGACCGAAAAGAACACACAACAAAUAACACACUAAAAACGGAUUUAACAAGAACUUGAUAGAGUUUUUUCGUGAGAAAAACGCGUUUAGAAGCCACAAACAAGAAAAAUAUUUUUUCAAAAAUUUCCAAAAAACCACAAGACACAUACACAGACACAUUACCAAAUACACUGAACCUCAGCAAAUGAGCGACCAGAAUGUGAAGGGAGCCAGGGAGAUCGAUCCUCCCCUGCCUCCUUGCAUUCACCAAAACUGAAACAUAGAAUGUAGAGCAGCAGCAAGUCUUAAUCUAAUGUGAAAUAGUGCAAAUUGAAGAAACCUGAGCCACACACCUGAGAACACCCACACACCGAGCGUACUUUACAGGCAGUGUAAACUGUACUCGCCGUUGGUUUGUUAGUUGAAAUUUUUUUGAAAAUAUUUACAGCAGAUUACGUAUACGUAUGAAUAAUAUUUAACAAAUAGUUGAGCCGUCUAAUGAUCUACCGAAAGUUGACGCACGAAACAUAAACACACACAAGCAUUCCACAAAAACACACCUUACACACACACACACACACGCUCACAACGGUACAAAGUGUGUGUUCAUUUGAGAGAACGAAAGUCGCUCUGCCAAACAGGAAGAAGCCCUGCUUGACAGACCGACUUUCCGGUAAGCAGUUUUCCGCCCGACUCGAGCGUUCACAGCUUUCGCACUGCUUUACAAAAGCAGGCGCAGCUCUGACGGCCGAAAUUCGGGAUUUAAUAUUUAAAGGACACCCGAAAGUUAAGGUUGCUAUAUCCCCCCUUAAGCGCUAAGCAUAUAUUCGAUGUCUAUUAAGCGAAACUAAACAAAAAUCACAAAAAAAAAAACGUUAAGAAAUUUGCGAACAAAAAAAACUAUUUAGAUUUUUAAAAAGAGCGAGCGAGCGAGAGCCAGAGAAAUUUGUUCGAGCUGCGGGCGUUAGGGUAGUUAAAUUUAUAAUUUACAAUACGUUAUGCAAGACCUUCGACCAAAGUUAAUUGUUAACAUGAAUCCUUUGAAUACGGUUUAUUUUUAAUCAAUUCUUAUCCUUUAGUGCGCCACAUUUGAGCACGCGUCUUAAUUUUAUAGAAUAAUCAACACACACACACAUCACAAACAAAAAACAAACACACACCACACACUAGUCUGUUAUUUAUGUAAAUAAUU